AUGGUUCACAUCGAAGAGAAAUACCAGAUCCCGCGUGAUUUCGAGGGCUUCGGGGAAGAGGGCUUUGAUCCUCAAUGGCCAAACGGUGCUCGCAUAGCAGUAUCCUUUGUCCUGAACUACGAGGAAGGAGGCGAGCGGAGUGUUCUUGACGGUGACAAGAUGUCCGAGCCAUACCUGUGGGAAAAGGGGGCCUCUGGCGGCUACAAAGAAAAUGCACGGUACCUGAAUGCCGAGCAAGACUUUGAGUAUGGAAGCCGGGUUGCCUCGUGGCGCCUGAUUCGACUUUUUAGAGAAUUUGGAUGGAACUUUACGACUUAUGCGGUCGCGGUUGCGCUGGCGAAAAACCCUACUUUUGCCAAAGCGUUGGUUCGCGAUGGCCACGAGAUUGCUGCUCAUGGAUACCGAUGGCUCGAUGUAUGGGACUUGAGUCUUGAAGAAGAUAAAGAGUAUAUUAAGAAAACACUACUGUUGCUGAAGGAAGUCAGCGGCGAGAUGCCCGUGGGUGCGUAUUUUGGCCGCGGAACACCUCAAACGCACGCUUUGUUUCCAGAGGUUUGGAAGGAAUUGGGAGCCGAGUUUCUCUGGUCCUCCGAGGUCUAUAACGACGACGUUCCCUACUGGCUUGAUCUUCCGUGGGAGAAGUCGUUGAAGGAAGAGGAGCGAACGGGCAUGUUGCUCAUUCCAUAUAACUACGAUUGCAACGACGGCAAGUUCCACAUGGCCCCCGGCUUCGGCAGCAGUGUUGCCGAAAGCUACGAGAACUAUCUGAAAAACACGUUCGACAUGCUGUACCGCGAAGGCGGCAAGAUGAUGAACAUCCCUCUUCACACACGAAUCAUCGGAAAGCCAGGCCGAUGCGAGGCACUGCGCAAGUUCAUGAAGUACAUUGCUGACAAGCCUGGGGUCUGGGUUACAACGAGACGGGAUAUUGCCAGGCACUACAACGACAAGUUUCCGUAUCAGCCCGAUGGGAAGUGGAUUAAGAAAUAUAUCAAGGCCCUGGAAGACCGAGUGGCAGAGCUUGAGAUUAGGCUAGAAACCCCCUCAGCAACGCAACAACAAGACGCAGCGAUACAAUCCCAAGCAACACAGCGAAAUGCACUGGGCGAAAUCGCUGAGUUCCUGACCCUUGGUCAUUUUGAAGGGCCAGCAUAUGUCGGCUCUUCCUCGGGGUUUUCACUGGCCCUCAACUUGAGGGAGAUGGUCCAGGCAUCUGUUUGGAACAAGGCUUUGACCACAGCAGAUGCCGAGGAUGGAUCAGCGUCAGAAGCGAGUGCUUCUUCCUCUCGCGAGAAUAUUCGCUUGAGACCUCUGACACUUGAAGAGAUUCGCACAAAGAGUGCAGGCCCGCCCUCGGAAGAAGAAGGACUACGACUGAUAUCGGCUUUCUUCACACGAGUUGCACCGCGAUAUCCUUUUAUGGACUGGGAAGAGAUGGAAAAACUGCACUCGGACCGGCUUAGGCUCUCUUCUGGCAAUAGCUUGUCGAGAAGAGAGAGGUUUGGCACAUUUAAACUAUAUUUAGUGUACGCAAUUGGCUCUAGUUUACUUGCGCUGACGGAGAAAAUUGUUGCAUCCUCAUCGGAGCACAUAUCUGCGGCUCGAGAGUCGCGGUCUAUACACAAUAUUGAGGCCAUGACGCUCCUGGUAAUCUACCACCUGCGCUCCAGUGCGAGUAGUCAAGGCUUAUGGUACAUGAUUGGAUUGGCCAUGAGAACAUGCAUCGACCUCGGACUACAUCGGAGGAACAAGGAGGUCCAUCGAGAUGCGGCAACUAACCAACGAUACCGCACUCUUUUCUGGACCGUAUACUCCCUCGAACGAACCAUCGCCAUCUCACUUGGUCGCCCUGUCAGCAUCGCCGACCGACACAUUGACGUUGACCUUCCAGAUGUGGCUGCAACGUCUUCUCCGCCAUCCCCUGUCAAGAACAGCAAGAACCAGAGCAAUUCGAUGGCAAUCCAUCUUUUCCGCAUUCGGAUUCUCGAAUCUCGCAUACACCAUUCAAUCUACCGAACAGACAAGCCCUUAUCUGCUCUUCGUCAGAAGCUGGCGCAUCACUACCGUCAGCUCGAGGAAUGGAAAAUGGACUUGCUCCGAUUAUUCCCACAUGUCGUUGAUCUGGACUAUCCCAUCCUGCACUACAAUCGAGCCAUGCGCCUACUUCUUCAGCCGUUUCUGAGUAUUCUACCAUGCACCGAUCCAUACUAUAUAAAUUGUCUCGAAUCGGCGUUGCAAAUUUGUCACAUUCACAAACGGCUCCAUCAAACACUUGACUACGGUCACUCAUUUAUUGCCGUGCAGACUGUAUUUGUAGCAGGGAUAACAUUGCUCUUUUGUGUCUGGACCAAAGCAUCCCAUGUCUGGUCAGUCAAGAUCAGCAAUGGCAUCCGCGCUUGUUCUAAUGUAUUGUUUGUCAUGGGCGAACGGACUUUGUGGGUAAAGAAAUACCGUGAUGCUUUCGAGUUGCUAACCAACGCCACCAUGGAGAAGCUACAAGGAAACCUGAAAGAAGAGGCAGGCAUCUUGGAGACAGCCUUGAGUGUCUCCGGUUCGAGGACUAUUCGCAGUCCGGGCGACGAGACUCGGGUACAAUGA